UACUUAGGAAAUGGUGAGUCUACCUGCCCCUGGGGCUCCUCAAUCCUCAGUCACUGUCUAUCCACUGGGAUAAUGUAAAUAAACAUCUGAGAAAGGUUAAUGAGUAAACUGUUAGGAUGAAAGGUCAGGAGACUUGCUUUUAUUAGGAACAUCAGAACAUCAGAAUGGGAGAUAACGCCUUGCUACUUGCAGUCCACCUUCUCUGAGGAAAAGAGUAAAUAAAUGAGAGUCACAGAAGAGUCUUCAUUCCACAAGUGCUCCAGGAAUCAUGUUGGAGAAGUUCUGCAACUCUACGUUUUGGAAUUCUUCAUUCUUGGAUAGCCCAGAAGCAGACCUGCCACUUUGUUUUGAGCAAACUGUUCUGGUGUGGAUUCCCUUGGGUUUCCUUUGGUUCCUGGCCCCUUGGCAGCUUCUUCAUGUGUAUAGAUCCAAGAUCAAAAGAUCUCCUAUCACCAAACUCUACCUUGCUAAGCAGGUGCUUGUUGGGUUUCUUCUUAUUCUAGCAGCCAUAGAGCUGGCCCUUGUACUCACAGAAGACUCUGGACAAGCCACGGUCCCUGCCAUUAGAUACACCAAUCCAAGCCUUUACCUGGGCACAUGGCUCCUGGUUUUGUUGAUCCAACAUAGCAGGCGAUGGUGCAUGCAGAAGGAUUCUUGGUUCCUGUCCCUAUUCUGGAUUCUCUCAAUACUCUGUGGCAUUUUCCAAUUACAGACUCUGAUCCGGACACUCUUAAAGGGCAGCAAUUCUAACCUGGCCUAUUCCUGCCUGUUCUUCAUCUGCUAUGCACUGCAGAUCCUGAUCCUGAUCCUUUCAGCAUUUUCAGAAAAAGAUGCCUCAUCAACUAAUCCAUCAUUCACAGCCUCAUUUCUGAGUAGCAUUACAUUUAGCUGGUAUGACAGCAUCAUUAUGAAAGGCUACAAGCAACCUCUGACACUUGAAGAUGUCUGGGAUGUUGAUGAAGAGAUUAAAACCAAGGCACUGGUCAGCACGUUUGAAAAACAUAUGGUAGGAGAGCUGCAGAAGGCCAGGAAGGCGCUCCAGGGACGGCAGCGGAGGAAGGCCUGGAGGGGCUCUGGAGAUGGGCUGCAUGGCUUGAACAAGAAUCAGAGUCAAAGCCAAGAUAUCAUUGUCCUGGAAGAAGUUAAAAAGAAAAAAAAGAAGUCUGGGACCACAAAAGACUUUCCCAAGUCCUGGUUGGUCAAGACUCUCUUCAAGACUUUCUACAUCAUGCUCUUGAAAUCAUUCCUCCUGAAGCUGGUGCAUGACCUCCUCAUGUUUCUGAGUCCUCAGCUGCUGAAAUUGCUGAUCUCCUUCACAAAUGACCGAGACACACAUGUGUGGAUCGCAUAUCUCUAUUCAGUCCUCUUCUUUGUUGUGGCCCUCAUCCAGUCUCUUUGCCUUCAGUGCUACUUUCAAAUGUGCUUCAAGCUGGGUGUCUCCGUACGGACAACCGUCAUGGCGUCCAUAUAUAGGAAGGUGAGUGGCUUGCGUCAGACCUCACUGAAGAAAAUCCCCUUAAAUGUGAGCAUUUAUUCCAAGACCGAGAAAUCCCUAGUCAAAGAGGACACUGAAGAAGAAGAUGACUGUGGGCUGAUGCCCAGUGUGGAGGAAAUCCCUGAGGAUGUGGCCUCCUUAACCAUGAAACGAGAGAACAGUCUUCAUCAAAUACUCAGUCGCAAUUCUAGGUCCAAUAGCAGGCAUCGGAGAUCCCUAAGAAACUCUUUGAAAACUCGGAAUGUGAACACCCUGAAGGAGGAGGAAGAACCGGUGAAAGGACAGAAACUAAUUAAGAAGGAAUUCAUACAAACUGGAAAGGUGAAGUUCUCCAUCUACCUGAAGUACCUACAAGCAGUAGGAUGGUUUUCGAUAUUCUUCAUCAUCUUUGCCUAUGUGAUCAAUUCUGUGGCUUAUAUUGGAUCCAACCUCUGGCUCAGUGCUUGGACCAAUGACUCUAAAACCUUUAAUGGCACUAACUAUCCAGCGUCUCAGAGGGACCUGAGAAUUGGCGUCUAUGGAGCUCUGGGAUUAGUACAAGGUGCAUUUGUGAUCAUAGCAAAUCUCUGGAAUGCCUAUGGUUCCACUCAUGCAUCAAACAUCCUUCAUAGGCAACUGCUAACCAAUAUCCUUCAAGCACCCAUGAGUUUUUUUGACACAACACCCACAGGCCGGAUUGUGAACAGGUUUUCUGGUGAUAUUUCCACAGUGGAUGAUACCCUUCCCUUAUCCUUGCGCAGCUGGAUAUUGUGCUUCCUGGGAAUAAUCAGCACCCUUGUCAUGAUCUGCACGGCCACUCCAAUCUUCAUUGUCGUCAUCAUUCCUCUUGGCCUCAUUUAUGUGUCUGUUCAGAUAUUUUAUGUGGCCACUUCCCGCCAGCUGAAACGUCUGGACUCUGUCACCAGGUCCCCAAUCUACUCUCACUUCAGUGAGACUAUGUCAGGUUUGUCCGUCAUCCGUGCCUUUGAGCACCAGCAGCGAUUUCUGAAACACAAUGAGGUGGGGAUUGACACCAACCAGAAAUGUGUCUUCUCCUGGAUUACCUCUAACAGGUGGCUUGCAGUUCGUCUGGAGCUGAUUGGGAACCUGAUUGUCUUCUUUUCAUCCCUGAUGAUGGUUAUUUAUAGAGAUACCCUAAGUGGAGACACUGUGGGCUUUGUUCUGUCCAAUGCACUUAAUAUCACACAGACCCUGAACUGGCUAGUGAGGAUGACAUCAGAAAUAGAGACCAACAUUGUGGCUGUUGAAAGAAUAAAUGAGUACAUAAAAGUGGAAAACGAGGCACCCUGGGUGACUGAUAAGAGACCCCCCCCAGGUUGGCCCAGCAAAGGGGAGAUCCGGUUUAGCAAUUACCAAGUGCGGUACCGGCCGGAGCUGGAUCUUGUAUUGAGAGGGAUCACUUGUGACAUCAGGAGCAUGGAGAAGAUUGGUGUGGUCGGCAGGACAGGAGCUGGGAAGUCAUCCUUGACGAAUGGCCUCUUCAGAAUCCUAGAGGCUGCAGGUGGCCAGAUCAUCAUUGAUGGAGUAGAUAUUGCUUCCAUUGGGCUCCAUGACCUCCGAGAAAAACUGACCAUCAUCCCCCAGGAUCCCAUCCUGUUCUCUGGAAGCCUGAGGAUGAACCUAGACCCUUUUAACAACCACUCAGAUGAGGAGAUUUGGAAGGCCCUGGAGCUGGCUCACCUCAAAUCCUUUGUGUCUGGGCUGCAACUUGGGUUGUCUCACGAAGUGACAGAGGCUGGUGACAACCUUAGCAUAGGGCAGAGGCAGCUGCUGUGCUUGGCCCGCGCUCUGCUUCGGAAAUCCAAGAUUCUGGUCAUGGACGAGGCCACGGCCGCCGUGGAUCUAGAGACCGAUCACCUCAUCCAGACGACCAUCCAGAAGGAGUUCUCCCACUGCACCACCAUCACCAUCGCUCACAGGCUGCACACCAUCAUGGACAGCGACAAGAUAAUGGUCCUAGACAAUGGGAAGAUUGUAGAGUACGGCAGCCCUCAAGAACUGCUGAGAAAUUCAGGCCCCUUUUAUUUGAUGGCCAAAGAAGCUGGCAUUGAAAGUGUGAACAGCACAUCAUUCUGACAGUAGGUUCCAUGGGUUGGAAAGGACUGUAAGGAUCAUUGCUUAUUUUUUGUGAGAGAUAUCACACAGAAGUGUGUAAAAUGUACAUUUAAAGAAGGAUCCUAUUAUAUCCAGCUACAGUAGACCCCCGCCAAUCCUGCUUUGAUGAUCCCACUUUGAUUAUACCUCCUUCCUACUUACCUUCCCAGAGAUAGCUACUAUCCUGAAUUUGGUGAUAAUCAUAUCCUCUUGCUUUUCAUUUUAGUUUUACUGCUUGGUAUAUACCCUUAAACAAGUUGUAUCUUUUUUAAAUUUAUGUAAAUGGCCUGACUCAUA